CUUAUCUUUUAUCUGUAACUAUUGACGUCUCACAGCAGCUCGCUAUUCAGUUGUGGUCAGUUGUAGUUGAGUACUCACUAGUCAUUACUGCUUCCUAGUCUUUGUACUUACUACUAACCAGUCACAAUAGUUCUGAAAAGUGGGAAGAUUCGAUAUUUUACAUUCAUAACUUGUUAAAUUUUGGUUUUUUACCUGAUUUGGUAAAUAAAAAUAUAUUCAUAAUUUCUACGGGUUGUAAACUAAACGAUUAUUUCAAUAAUAAUUUGACUUGAUGACCAAUGUUAUGUUGUGUUAUUAACUAUUAUAAUGUCAAAUCUGUGUAGAGAUGAUUUCGAUUCGGGUCCUAAACAUGUAUUUUCUAUUGAAGAUGGUCUAUGGCUAGGAAACCUAACAGCUGCCAUAGAUUUAACAUUUUUACGAAGCAACGGAAUAAACUAUAUAAUUACAGUGGAUUCUUGUCCUUUACCAGAAAUUAUAUUAGAUUUGAGAGACAUUAAUGUUAAAUAUAUACAAGUUACUGAUAUGGAUGGUGAAGAUCUUUUAAGCCAUUUUGAUAGCGCGUAUGAGUUCAUAAAAAAAGGUCAAGAAAAAAGUUCUGUUCUUGUGCAUUGCUAUUAUGGAAUAUCCAGGAGUGCGUCAAUUAUUACAGCUUAUAUUAUGAAGAAGUAUAAAAUUAGUUUUGAUGAUGCUUUCCAAAGAGUGAAAGUUAAAAAUGCAGCUGCAUUACCAAAUAUUGGAUUUCAAGCACAACUUAGUUUGUAUGAAACUCUGGGAUGGAAAAUUGACAAAAACAAUAUGCAAUUUAAACUAUUCAGACUGAAAAUAGCUGCUAGAAAAGUAAAAAAAGUUAAAAUUUUGCCACAAGACUGUAUUGACGUAAUUAAAGCAGACCCAUCUCUAAUAUGUGCUAGACCAGAUCCAAAAGUUUAUCGGUGCCGUAAAUGCCGGAUUUUAGCUUUACAAUCAAAUUUAUUACCCCAUUAUAUCAAUGAAAAAUUGUCAUGGAAAGAUUCAAAAUUGUCUUCAGAUUAUUCAGGCUCCCAGUUAUGUUCAGACACAAUAUUUAUUGAACCGAUGACUUGGAUGUCAGUGAGCCAAUCUGAAAGUGGAAAGAUCAACUGUCCAAAAUGUCGUUCUAAACUUGGCUCAUAUAGUUGGACAAUGGGAUGUCAAUGUCAAUGCGGUGCAAAAGUAUCUCCAGCAUUUUAUUUUGUGCCAUCUAAAAUAGAUUACAGUGGAUUUUUGCAAAAUGUUCAGGCUACUGUUUGAAAACCUACUAUCUUGACAAUGAUAUUCUGAAUGGAUAUUGAAUUUGUGUUAAUUUGUGUUUUUUUUUUCAUGUUUUUUUAUGUGUUAUUCACUUAUUAAUAGGUAUUAAAAAUUAUUAAAUUAUUGAUAUUUAAGACAAUAAAUCCAAAAUAUACACAACCAAUGACCCUUAUAUUCAUAAAAGUCAAAAUUAGGUCAUUAGCGUAAACUUCAUCCGCUUAAAAACAUUUUGAAUAUGAAUACAGUUUGAAGAAGUUAACCUGUGAAAAUACUCUACUCCAUAAUUACAUUUUAUCUAAGAGUUUGUAUGAAAUACUGCCAACAAAUUCAACCAGUUAUUUUAUUAAAAUUGUAGCUUAUUAAAUGACAAAUAAGUAUUUUUUGUUUAAUGUUAACAGAAAUUUUUUUAUAAAAGUGUUCAUAAUAAAAAUACUUAUAAAAUGUAGACUGAAGUACCUAUAUGAAAACACUUUUUAACCUUAUUUUAUUAUACACAUUUUUUUUAUCAUGACUGAGAAUAUAUUACUGACUCCAAUGGAAAUAUUGAAUAUUAAGAACACCAAAUUUUGGUGUGGUAAUCAUAAAUUAUACCCGAUAUAUUUUAUUGAUUUGGC